GUACUCCUGCCCUCGUCAGAAGAACUGUUUGAUUGACAGGACCAGCAGAAACCGCUGCCAACACUGUAGACUGCAGAAAUGCCUGACCGUAGGCAUGUCACGGGACGCGGUGAAGUUUGGCCGUAUGUCCAAGAAGCAGAGAGACAGCCUGUAUGCUGAGGUCCAGAAGCACCGUCUACAGCAGGCCCAGCAGAGAGACCACCACCCCCACCUCAACCCCCAGAACCCGGGGGAGGCCGUGCCCCUCUCUCCCCCCUACGGCCUCACCGACCUCCACGAAGACCUGGGAGGGUACAUGGAGGAACACAGUCCUGAGGGGGGCAACUGCCCAGCCUCCAAGGGGGGCUCUGACUCAGGAGGAGUGGUGGGGUUCUACCUGGAUAUUCAGCCGUCUCCCGAUCAGUCUGGUCUGGAUAUUAACGAACACCUGGGCCAGAACAUCUCCAAGUCCCACCAGGAUACGUGUCAGUACUUGAGGGAGGAGCUACAGAACAUGACCUGGCAGGCCUUCUUCCAGGAAGAGAUAGAUACCUACCAGACAAAGCCGGAGGAGGUGAUGUGGCAGCUGUGUGCCAUCAAGAUAACAGAGGCCAUCCAGUACGUGGUGGAGUUCGCCAAACGCAUCGACGGCUUCAUGGAGCUCUGUCAGAACGACCAGAUAGUGCUGCUCAAAGCAGGGUCUCUUGAGGUGGUGUUCAUCAGGAUGUGUCGUGCCUUUGACUCUCAGAACAGCACCGUCUACUUUGAUGGGAAAUACGCCGGGACCGAUGUCUUCAAAGCAUUAGGUUGUGAUGAUCUGAUCCGGUUAGUCUUUGAGUUUGGGAAGAGUAUGUGCGUCAUGCAUCUCUCUGAGGAUGAGAUCGCACUGUUCUCAGCCUACGUCUUGAUGUCUGCAGAUCGGACAUGGCUUCAGGAGAAGGUGAAGGUAGAGAAGCUGCAACAGAAGAUCCAGCUGGCUCUCCAACAUGUCCUUCAGAAGAACGGCAGAGAGGACGUGGUUCUCACUAAGUUGAUAUGCAAAGUGUCAACCCUGCGGGCGUUAGUCAGCCGGCAUACAGAGAAGCUGACGGCCUUCAAAGCAACCUACCCAGACGUCGUCCAAGCCCACUUCCCUCCACUAUACAAGGAGCUGUUCGGCUCAGACGUAGAACAGGGCUCCGUGUCCAUAGACGGCUAGCCGGGGAGCUGUUCGGCUCAGACGUAGAACAGGGCUCCGUGUCCAUAGACGGCUAGCCGGGGACUCAUCGGUAUAGUGCCGUGCUGUAUCUGUCCUGUACUGUGGUCUACUUCACGGAGCCAGUGUUGAUCUUUGGGAGACAGAGAGACACUCGGACAGCGCCCUAGUCCUGACCUUUUACAUGCUCUUAGCUGGCAUUUCUCUGUUCUGUUCAUCAUGUCCUCUCCCCCUGUUGUCCUCCUGUACCACGAGUUGGGGUUGGGAAAACAAUCAGCACUUAGAACACCCAACAGCCUGUCCUCUCACAACAACAGACCUAUUGGGACAGGGGGGAGCGGAUUCAGCCACGACACCGUACCUAUGGACAAUGGGUGUGACUGGGGGAGUCGUGUGGAGUUCUGCACCCCUCCAGUAAACAUCACCUUCAAAACCAUCUGCUAUUAAACCUUCACAACAGGGAGGGGAGAGGAAGACACCACCACAACAGUAACAGGGAUAGUGUUUCCCAAAUUGCACCCUAUUCCCUACAUAGUGCACUACUUUUAAUAAGGAACCCAUAGGGAUCUGGUCAAAAGUAGUGCACUAUAUAGGGAAUAGGGUGCCAUUUGGGACGCAAGCCCAAGGUGUCCAUCCCACCUCUUUCUAAUACAGGGUAUUACUGUGUACUUACUAUAUUGAGAAAUGAAUCAAUGUUUUUACAAUCUAUUUAAAACAACUUGUAUUAUAGCUGUAUCACUCCCAUUUGCUCCAAUUGACGAGCCACUUUUACUGACACCUGUCUCUGAGUUAAUGAAUGAAUAGUGUGUUGUCCACACCUGUCUCUGAGUUAAUGAAUGAAUAGUGUAUUGUCCACAUCACACACUGAGUUAAUGAAUGAAUAGUGUAUUGUCCACACCACACAAUGAGUUAAUGAAUGAAUAGUGUAUUGUCCACACCACACAAUGAGUUAAUGAAUGAAUAGUGUAUUGUCCACACCACACAAUGAGUUAAUGAAUGAAUAGUGUAUUGUCCACACCACACACUUACAGAUGUAGAAGGCAAAACAAGGCCUGAAUUAUGAUCCAUUAAAUAAGCAACAGUUCA